AUGAAGAUCUGUUGUCUUCACUCAGCCGACGAAGGGAUGGAGGCAGGCGCCGAGGAUCCCGAGGACGUCGGGCGAAACCCCGGCCUCUUCACCAAUCAACACACGUUUGAAAACAAAUACAUCUACAAGGCCACGGCCAAGGCGCAAAUUGAUGAGGCCGUAGACCACAUCCUCUCCCUCUCCGGAUUCGAGAGCUUGUCCGUGGAAGAGCUAGAUUUUGUCCUCUCCAGAUGCUUCCAGCUAGCCAAGAGUUCGAUCAAGCUGGGGACCCGUCAGGCAAAGCAGGCCGACAGUGUCAAGUCGUUUGGGGAGCCUCGCAGUUGGCGUCUCGUCUCUCAGAAGUCCACAGCCUCUAGCAAUGGGACAAGCAUGGUGACUUUCCAGUUUGCACGACAGGCACACAACGAGUAG